GUUAAAAGUGCUCGCGAUAUAAUGCGCGCAUAAGGAAAGCAGCUACGCAGGGGCGCAACCAUUCAUUUGAUGCUGAUCUAUGGGCGCGCGGAUAGGUACGGUAUGUAGGUAGCUUGAUGGGCGCAGAGGACAGCUGUCUAGAAGCUAGAAGGCGCUUCUCAUAGCAAUCUCUAUUUUGCUCAAAUAGGCAUGGCUAAUCUGAAGGAAAACUUUAGCUUUCUGCGAUAGAUUGAAUUGCGUGCAAUUUCAACGUUGAACUGUGAUUCUCAGAGUCAAAAAGGCCCUCGCAGUUGAUUGGAUUAGCAUUUCCUUUUGCUCAAAAGUGUGGGCAUGGCGGGUGGCGAUGGGGAGACUGUAAGCCUCAAGGAUCAGGGCAAUGCGCACUUCAAAGCAGCACAGUACCUAAAAGCAGCAGCUACGUACUCCAAGGCAAUCAAAGAGGACCCAGACAAUGCAACCUUGUUCAGCAACCGCUCCGCGUCCUUUCUCCAGCUCAACAAAGUUACAAAGGCACUUGAAGAUGCAGAGAAGACAAUCCAGCUUCGGCCAACCUGGGAGAAGGGCUAUUUCCGGAAAGGCUGUGCACUAGAGGCGCUUAAGCGCUAUGAUGAGGCGCUGGCUGCCUUCAAAGAAGCUGCGGAACUGAACCCCAAGAGUCAGGACAUAACGUUGAAGAUCCGGGGUAUGACCCGUCUCGCACGGGACUCAAAACGGAGUGCGGCUGGUAAAGGCCCACCUCAAGAAGAGGCUGUGAGAAACGAGGACGAGUACGAGAAGGCAAAAGCAGACCAGAGUCUGGGGCCGUCCAUACCAUACAGCGAAACGAGGGUGCGGGCUUUUGCAAAGAGGAUGCUCGAAAAGGCCGCAGACGACUUUGUUGAAGCUGGGGGCAAGCUGGAUGCAUCCGUGAUGUUCCAGCCUGGAAGGUACAAAGAGGGGUCUACCAAUCAGGAGGCAGAUCAGUCGCAAGUGGCCAUCAACCAGGCGUUCGAAUCUCCAGACACGCUUGCGCAGUGCGUAGACUUUCUUCGACGGUAUGCAGUGGACACGGGCGCGCAUGCGGCGUGUUUAGUGGCCCUCAAAAGCAAGAUUUCCUUCCCCCAGAGAUGGCGGGGCCUAGGGGAGCGCGGUUGGAAACACGGGUCGAAAGACGGGAUCUUCGUCCAGCUCGAAGCUCCAAAAAUGCGCGAGGUCUGGUUCAUACCCACGAACGAGGAGAAGGGGCACUGUAUACCGGGCGGUGCU